AUGGCCGUCCGUACUCAAUUUGAAAACUCCACCGACAUCGGUGUCUUCUCUAAGCUCACAAACUCCUACUGCCUCACCGCCCUCGCCUCAUCUACAAACUUCUACUCUGUCUUCGAGUCUGAACUUUCCGAUGUGAUUCCCAUUAUUCACACCACCAUCGGUGGUACCCGUAUCAUCGGCCGUCUUACCGCCGGUAACCGACACGGUCUCCUCGUCCCCUCCACGACCACCGACCAAGAACUCCAGCACCUCCGAAACUCCCUCCCUCCUACCGUCGCCAUCCAGCGUGUCGAAGAACGUCUGUCUGCCCUCGGCAACGUCAUUGCGUGUAACGACUACGUGGCGCUCGUCCACCCCGACAUAGAUCGAGAGACUGAGGAGAUCAUCGCGGACACCCUCAAGGUCGAGGUUUUCAGGCAGACGAUCGCGUCCAACGUACUUGUGGGAUCCUACUGUUCUUUGAGUAACCAGGGUGGUUUGGUACACCCCAAGACGUCGAGGUCCGAGUUGGACGAGCUGUCGUCGUUGUUGCAAGUGCCGCUUGUGGCUGGUACGGUGAACCGAGGAAGUGAGGUGAUUGGUGCCGGGUUGGUCGUCAAUGAUUGGUGUGCGUUCACUGGUUUGGACACUACCGCUACCGAGGUCAGCGUCAUUGAGGCUACUUUCCGAUUGCAAGGACAGACCUCUGCCGCCGUCAUCAACGAAAUGCGAGACUCCCUCAUCGACCACUACGCCUAA